AAGCAAAACGCGGGAAACUACCGAUUUUAUUUAUAUCAUUCGUACGUGUAAAAUAAUUGAUUUUUAUUAGAUAUGAACAUAUGACAUUUAAAUUCACUUAGUGAACUGAGUUAAAUGCGGCUUAUAUAUUAAAAACAACAACAACAACAACAACAACAACAACAAAAACAACAAAAACAACAACAACCUUAAAUGGAAAAUGAAGGAUUUUAAAAGGAAUCAUGCAGGGUUUCUUUAUCGUGAUUAUUUGGUGGACGUUAAAUACAGCAGAGUCGGUGUCAACCUCGAUAAGCGAAAGUACGUGCAAUAAAGUCAACACAACAGUUACAUGUAAUUACAUACCAGUAUCAGUACCAGCGGGAACUGUCAGCGUUCUUCUGCGUCUACAACUAACAAAUGAUACUUUUUUAAACAGCUCUACUUUCACAUCCAGUGGCUGGGAUAAGAUUUCACAGAUAGAAUUUCGUGUUGAUGGCGAUUAUCAUUUCGUUUUACAAGAUAAUUGUUUCAAUGGUUUAAAAGAGCUUCGCGUCUUAAAACUGCACAUAAUUUGUUUAGUUCAUUUGGAUUUAGGAUCAUUUGAACAUUUAGACAACGUUGAAGUCUUGGACAUGAGUGACAGUGUGAGAUUAUUCCCGGUCGAGUUUAUACGCGCCCUGGGCGGAAAUGACAAAUUAGUAAAACUACCAACAUUGACAGCACUGUUCUUGUCAAGGUCUUUUUUGUACCGGACAGGAUUGAUUCUUGACGAUAAUGUUGUGCACAAUUUGCUGUCGAAUAAAAUAUCACUCUUGGAUAUGAGCAGCUUGCAAUUAAGCCAAAUGAAUCUUACCUCAAUUGUCAAGAGAUUGAAACAAUUGGACAUGCUGAAUGUAUCUCAUGCGAAUUUAGAUAACUUUGAAUAUUAUGGCAUAGACCAGAGUGACGUGAUUAAUAUCAAAUCUCUUGAUGUAAGCUAUAUUACUUUUCCAAAGAACAUAGUACCAUAUCUUCCUGGGAAAAUUAAGGCAAUUAAUUUAGUUUAUAAUUUAUCUGAACGUGUCGAAUUCGAGAGUCUGAGGAACGCUCUGUCUCCUGUAACUUUAAACAUUAGUGGAAUUAUACCCUAUCCAAUAUCCUUGUGGGCUUGGAAUUGUAAAGUGCACAUCGAUAUUAGUCCUGCUUUCUUAACAAAAACACUAGUCGCUCGAAAAAAUAAUAUCAGGAGAUUAGAUGUGUCAUUUAUAUGUGAUAUGUUUACUUUUUCUUCAUUUGAACAUAUUGAUAUCUCGGAUAACGAUUUGGAAUUUAUUCAUCCAGAUUUUCUAUCGUGUAUACCAAACAUACGGAGGAUUAAUCUGUCCAAUAAUUUAUUGUUUAAAAUGGCAAGAGAAAACCUAUAUUUGUUCGAAAACAUACUUUCAGGUCUCAAGAACUUACAGCACAUUGAUUUGUCACAUAAUCAGUUAACAGAUAUUCCAAUUGACAUUUUUAAAUAUAAUGAGUUGGUUGAAGAAAUUGAUCUUUCUAACAAUCAUCUGCAGCAAGUACGCUUCGCAUUAACAAGACAAAAGAGACUUCGCGUUCUAAAUCUACAAGGUAAUAAAAUAAAAACUUUAGAUCCGCUGUCACUCAAUAACUUAAAAGAUAUACACCGCUUGAAAAAAUCAACAGAGCAUCAUGUUUCGAUUUACCUUAAAGACAACCCAUUGGAUUGUUCUAAAUGCGAAGCAAAAACAUUCUUCACUUGGCUGACAAAAUCUCCCAAUGUUGAUAUAUCUUCGCAAGGUUUGGUGUGCUCUGGUAAAAACGGUCACAUGGAGGAUGUAACAGAACAUGUUUUAGAUAGUAUUGAAGAGAUAUGUAGGAGAAAAACUAUUAUUAUUGCAACAAGCGUAUCUGCUGGAACUGUUUGUGUCAUAUUAACUAUUUCUUACAUAUUGUAUUUUCUGCAAAGGGAGCGUGCGCGUGAAAUGCUGAAAAAGGAGAAUGUAAUAAAUUUGUUAAGAAUGGGUGAUGGUCAAUACGAAUUUGUGGUGUUUCUUGCGUAUAGCAGCGAAGAUGAAGAGUUUGUUAACGUAAAUAUCCUGCACCAGUUGAACGAGAGUCUCAAGUUAAUGACGGACAUCGACAGAAAUUUAGUUUGUACCGGCGACCUUAAUCUUCGACCUGGUUUCUAUUUGCAUAAUGAAACGUACUCGCUGCUUAAUAAAGCAUCUGUUAUCAUUGCGGCAGUUUCAAAUAAUUUCUGUAAUAGUGUUAAUUGUCAAAACGAACUAGAUCAAGCGCACGUUAAUGGGAAGCCAAUCAUUUUGAUGUUCAUUGAACAUGUAGAGCAAGAACUGAUGUCACGUACAAUGAAAGAGUUAUACCAAAGGAAUGUAAGAAUUGUGUGGACACAUGAAAAUGGCGAAUGCAGAAUGAAAACUACGUGGGACAAUGUUUGCACGUCCAUUUUAGAACUCAUUGAAUGACCCUCAAUAUAUAUGUAAAUAAACAUCUGUUAUUUAAACACAAAACGUCAAAAUAUGGAUGAGUACGGACUGCAGAGUUAUUUUUCAACCAUGAACAGGCCUAUGCUUUGGAAGCCUCCUUUUUUCUGAGACAUUUUGGCAAAAGCGAGUGGGCAAUAUGACAAUACGAUUUUUUAUUCUAACAAAAAAAAUGGACUAAUAUUACAUCUUUAAAGAAUAUUUGUCUUUAGAACGUUAGAUAAAAAUGAAAUGUUUACUUGUUAAGAUUAGUGUAAUACUUUACAUUAUGAUUAAGAAAGCUCAGUUUAAAGGGUGGUGAGUUUAUAUACCUCCGGUUGUUUCCGUAUUCUCCGUAAAACUCGUGUGAUACAUGUUUGAUGUUCCUCAGUUGUUAAACGACAGAAGCAUGCUUAAGUGUCUCUAAUCAGACAAGUUUUACAGAACAUAGGCAUAAAUGGAACCUUUAGACGUAUUUUUCACAUCAACGCUGUUGACGUUGUCACAACUUACAUACUGCGACAUAUGCUCAAACUAUGCUUCCUUUGUUAUGCAUGUGCUAGUCAUAUUGUGUUUUUUUGUUUCAUUUUUUUAUUAUGUAUAGAGAAAAUAUUACGCAUUAA